CCCGGCUGAGGCUGAAGGUCGGCGGCAAAACCGACGGGGUAGGGGCAGCCCCCGCCGCCCCUCGCCCUCCCAGCCCGGGCUACGAGUGCCUGAGGGCCGAGGGGACGGGGCCAAGCCAGGCGGGCUCCCCGACGUCCUCACUCGUUGGCCGAGAGGAUGAGCGCCGAAACUUGCUCCAGCUGACGGCUCUGAAGGCACCUGAGCGUCCCCGCGCAGCCCCGAGGCAUGGCUUUGCUCAUCGUUUGGCUCUGUGUGGUCGUGAGCAUGGAGAAGGCUCUGGGGGGCCAGGGCAACGCGGGGGACCUCUACUCGGAAAACAUUACUCGGAUCCUCGACAAGCUGUUGGACGGCUACGACAACAGGCUCCGGCCGGGAUUUGGAGGUGCCGUGACAGAAGUCAAAACAGACAUCUACGUGACCAGCUUCGGGCCGGUGUCCGACGUGGAGAUGGAAUACACAAUGGAUGUCUUCUUUCGUCAGACAUGGACUGAUGAGAGGUUGAAGUUUGGUGGACCUACUGAAAUUUUGAGAUUGAACAAUCUAAUGGUCAGUAAAAUCUGGACACCAGACACAUUUUUUAGAAAUGGAAAAAAAUCAAUUGCUCAUAAUAUGACAACUCCUAACAAACUUUUCAGAAUUAUGCAGAAUGGAACUAUUCUUUACACAAUGAGACUAACCAUUAAUGCUGAUUGUCCUAUGCGGUUGGUGAACUUCCCAAUGGAUGGACACGCUUGUCCACUGAAGUUUGGAAGCUAUGCUUAUCCAAAAAGUGAAAUCAUUUAUACAUGGAAAAAAGGACCCCUGCACUCAGUAGAAGUACCACAAGAGUCUUCCAGUCUCCUCCAGUAUGACCUCAUAGGACAAACUGUAUCUAGUGAAACCAUUAAAUCUAACACAGGUGAAUAUGUAAUCAUGACAGUUUAUUUCCACUUGCAAAGGAAGAUGGGCUACUUCAUGAUACAGAUAUAUACUCCUUGCAUUAUGACAGUCAUUCUUUCUCAGGUGUCUUUCUGGAUUAACAAGGAGUCUGUUCCAGCCAGAACAGUUUUUGGUGAAUAUUCACUUCAGCUGCUCUAUUUCCAUCUCCAAAGGAAAAUAGGCUACUAUCUCAUUCAGACAUACAUUCCAUGCAUCAUGACUGUUGUCCUGUCUCAAGUUGUGUUUUGGAUCAACAAAGAAUCUGUUCCAGCAAGAACUGUGGCUGGAAUAACUACAGUUCUAACAAUGACCACUUUAAGCAUCAGUGCACGCCAUUCUUUGCCCAAGGUGUCCUAUGCUACUGCCAUGGAUUGGUUCAUAGCUGUGUGCUUUGCAUUCGUCUUCUCUGCACUUAUUGAGUUUGCAGCUGUCAACUACUUUACCAAUCUUCAGACUCAGAGAGCAAUGAGGAAGGCAGCAAGGGCAGCAGCACUGGCAGCAGCACUAUCAGCAGCAACUGUACCGGCAGAGGACGAGAUUGUCUCGCAUUCUGACUCCAACUGUAACCUGAAGAAGAGAGCAAACUCUGUAGCGUCUCAGGCAGAUCAAUCUCCUGAAGCCAGCAUAAUAUCAAAUAGUGCAUCCCAAUAUCAACCAGUGUCUGUUCCUCCACCAGCCACCCCAGCACCACCACCUAUUGGAGGCACAAGUAAAAUAGACCAGUAUUCUAGGAUCCUCUUCCCAGUGGCAUUUGCAGGAUUCAACCUGGUAUACUGGGUUGUUUACCUUUCAAAAGACACUAUGGAAGUGAGUAGUAGAAUUUCAGAAUACUUGCUUGUAAUAUGUACCAUGCUUAGUUAGCCAAUACUAUUUGAACUGUUCAUUUGCUUUGGCAACUGCAGUUAAUCAGUUCUGUCUGAGGAAAGUUUACUGAUCUAAAAAUCAGCUGUCACUUACAAUAACAGUGGCACUCGGUAAACUGUAGAAAGGCUAUUUGAAGGUGAGAAAUGUAAACACUAACUUCUUUACUAUGUUACACUGAGCAGAACAUAGGAAAUUGUGUAAGACAACGUAUGACACCAUUCUCAGCAAACAUACCAAUCUUAAAUCUUCCAAUUCUUCAUCUUCCUGUCCACAGCAAGGAAUGGUAAAGUUAUCUGUUAAAUUAUCUGUUGCAGCAGUACAAUAAAGGAGAUAAGAACAUUAAUAUCUGCUAAGAUUUUCUCAAUGACACAAUAGCAGUCUACUAAAAUAAGUAAUUUAUUCUAAAUAUGUAUCUACAGCGUGAGGAACUAUUGACAAUUACAGCAUACAUUGUAAAUUGAGAGUCCCUGUUUUUAUACAUUUUAAUGCUGAUUUUCCAUGUUUCUUCAUAAAAUGGAACUACUUUAUUCUGAUAAAGUUGCUAAAUUCUCUGCAUGUUUGAAUCAGGCUAAGAGUUACUGUGCCUUUAGAUGUCCAUGAAGUGCAGAAGAGAUGUGUACCCUGCAAACUGAGUGUGCCUAGAAUAAUCAGUCAGUGAUUAGCUUAUCACUUUCAAACAGUUAUUAAAAUUUAGUCUUUAAUGCUUUAA